GGUUUGAUCCACCAUCAUCUCACAACCGACAUCGAAUGUACCGUAGAAAUAAGAUUUGUACCUAGUGUCUUCGCUAAGUGCCGUGCCAAAUUCCUAGGUACUGGAGCAUUCACACACUCGAAGGGAAUGAUUCGCAAACGACUGCCCCGUAUAAUUUUGCAAGCAUUGCUACACUGGCCGGCAUUGCUAGGAACGAUUCGAUGGUAUAGUCUUGGAAAGAUCGGUGUAUCAAUGACCCAUUUCGCCCUCUCUCUCUCUACGUCACCCUCGGCARCUACGAUGACUGCCGGACUAAAAUCUAUUCGGUCAAGUUGUCGUUGCGGGAGUCUUGUGAUCGAUGUAUUUGGGAAUCCAAGCGCCAAAGGAGGGGGCGAUAAUGGUAACUGUACAUCACGGAAUCGCGCAAUAAACUGCCACUGUCGGGGCUGCCGACGGUAUCAUACGGGUGCGUAUGCAAGCUUUCUCGAGACAGAUUGGAGCAAUAUUUUCGUUCGUCAAGGCAGAGACAAGAUUGGAAAAUUUUCCUCGGAUUGCAACGAGUUUGGUCCGGUCGAGCGUUGGUUUUGCAAAAACUGCUCUAGCAAAUUAUUGCUGGUUCCGCAGCAUCUUUCUUCGUCUGAGGAGACUGCUCAUGGUGAUGGCGGGGACAAGGUCGAUGACGAUGACGAUAAGGAAGAGAAAAAAUAUGCAGAACGAAAAAUAGCACCAGACACAAAGUGCCUACUCAAUUUAGGCCCGGUGAUAGACGAUACAAUACACCCAGACACUGCAAAUUGUUGGAAGGAACAACUGGAUCGAUCCGAAAAUAAUCUCCACUUCGACAAAACGAAAUCUGUUUGGGCACGCGCUCUCCCCGAAAAUGAAGACCGUGACUAUAUCUAUGAUGACGAUCAUUGCCAAACGUUACCAACCCCGUUGAAGUGGUUCGGUGGAUGUGCUUGCGGAGCAUGUCGUUAUGAAUUUAUUCUCACGCAUCCGACCGAGAUGCAACAUUGCUAUUGUCGGCUGUGCCGAGAACUAUCAGGGAGUCCGUUCAUGACUUGGAUUCCGGUAGAGAAGCGAAAUUUUCGAUGGAUUGUCUGUACGAAAGGAGUAGAAACAGAAACAUUGACAUCGUCUUCUGCGUUACAACUCGUCCGAACGACGCCUUUCGGUAGCCGCCACGUUUGUAAUAUGUGCCAAAGUGUGAUGACUAUUGUCUACGAUGAACAACCCGAUACUAUAUGGCCUUGUGCAGGUAGCUUAGAUGACUCGGCUUUGCCAAAGAGCACCGAAGAAAUGGGGGAAACACUCAGUAGGGUUUGUCACAUCUGCUGUCGCUACAAACCUACCUGGUUGAGAAUCAGAAGAGAUGGAAUGGAGCGGAUUGAAGAGGCGUGUUGAUAGUAACAAAAUUGUUAUUUAACA